UUUUUUUUUUUUUUUUUUUUUUUUUUUUUGUGUGAGGGUGCACGAGGGAGGUGAUAAGCAGACACUGUCGGGGCUGCUGUUGGAAAUUCCUGGUCAACAAAGAUGACCCAGUCUGUCCAGUUGAACCAGAAGCUCCCUGAUGUGGGGACCCCAUUCCUCUACAGCACCCAGGAGGAAGGAGACCAGGGAGGUUCCUACUCUGUCCAAACCCCUUAUGGAUUCCAGCUAGAUCUGGACUUCCUCAAGUAUGUGGAAGAAAUUGAGAGUGGCCAUAAUUUUCGCCGGGCGCCUGUUAACCCCCGCCGAGGUCCACGGAGCUCAAAAUCGGGCUCCUUGUCUCGGAGGAGCCCCGGGGCAGGUGGGCAUACCAGCGGCUGGACUUCGACAGAGUCUCUGUCCUCCUCUGCGAGCGAAGAGGGUCGUGUGCCUCCCGUGCCGCCUCCCCGAAACCGUACCAUCUCCGCUCCCUCGGAAUCGCUCCCCCUCUCGCCCGUCCCCUUGACGAGCCCGCCACUUUCAGCCGGUCCGAGAGGACCACCGCCGCCACCAAUUCGCAACCCUAGAGUCGAGAGGACCUUGCUGGAGACUAGCCGCCGGCUGGAGCAGGAGCAGUCACACUUGCAGAAUGGGUCGGGUUUCCAACUUGCAGAGCCUCCGAGAGCUGGAUCGAAGCAAUUGGGAAGGGUAGCUAUUAAUUCGUCCCAGCCCUCUCCUCCUUCAGCCCCCAUGGGAGACCCCCAUCCACCCCAUCUUCCUCCAUCUUCUCCCAGCCCAUCGCAGGUCAUCUGGCCCAGAGCGAGCCCUCAAAACUCUGGCAGGAGCACCCCAGCUUCUGGGGGCACCUCCUCCACUGGAUUAACCCAGAUCCCACCAAACCAGCUCCAGACCGUCCGAGAGCAGAUGGCCGCCGCUCUCCGGCAGCUGAAAGAGAUGGAAGAAAGGGUGAAGGGAGUGCCAGCGCUGGAGAGAGAGGUGGCAAAGCUGCGAGCCGAGAAAGAGGAGCUUCAGGCAGCGUUGCGGGAGAAGGUGGGGGGAGAAACCGGCAUCCAGCAGAGGUCCUUGAGCGUCGGAAACUGCACUGCAGAGGAAGCUGAGGGAGAGGCUCAGCGGAGGCCUCCACCAGCAUCCAGCCAUGUCAGGCAAAGCAAGAUAGCGGAGUUAAGAAAGCUGACGGAGAGGUUAGGAGGAAGGGAGGACAGGAACAGCGAGCAGGUGGAGAGAACCAUGGUGGUGGAGAGAAAGUCAGUGGGAGUGGGGGGUGACAGACCCUUGGAGGAAGGCGUGUUUUACUAUCGCAAGGGAACGAAGGAGGUGGCAGUGGGCACGGAGGCCGUGGAAGCAUGCGAGAAAGGAGUGGGAACAGACGCCAGAGAGACGCGCGACGCUGGAGCCGAGGCCAGAGCAGAAGUGGAGGAUGCUUCGGUGUGGGUCAUGGAGUCCCUGUUGGGGCUGAGGACUGAGGCUGAGCGGGAAAUCGAGACCCUGCAAGAUACCAUCAAGUUCCAGCAGGAAACCAUUCAAGUGCUGGAAAGCAGUCUGUCCCAAGUCGACAAAGAAAUGGAAGCGCUGAGGGUGCAGGAUGACGAGAGGAAGUCCAAGGUUGCAGUGGAGAAGGGUACCCAGGCCCGGCCAGAGAUGGCUAGUGUGCUGGUGGAAGCUGUGGUCUCCCUCACCAGUACUGCAGCAGGAGGAACACUGGAGGCACCUGAACACAGGCGCAGCAUAGCUGUGGAGUGCCGACAGGAGCUGAAGGAUGUGGGAGUUGGCCGGGAGUUUGUUCUCCAGCAGAUCAACCGGGACACUCAAACGGAGUCAAGAGGGGAAGCCAGGGAAGCUAUCCCAGUAACUAGCACUGGGAGCCAGUGGGAGAAACAAGAUGGACCAGAGACGGGUGGCGAGCAGAAAGCUCCUGUCGCUGUACUGAAGCGAAGGCAAGUGAGCAUCACAGGGCACACUGCCAUAUCCAGCCUGGGGGCCGUCUGUGUGGCAGAGAGAAGAAAGUCAAAGGAAGUGAUACCAGUACCCCUAAGCCCAGCUGCAGGCGUCCUGAAGUCCAUCAUGAAGAGAAAGGAUGGGAGUACCCAACGAGAGCCUGGCAGCAGGAAGAGUCUGCAGUUCGUAGGGGUUCUCAACGGGGGGUACGAGUCGACCUCGAGCGAGGAAGAGGAGGAUGGGGAGGAAGAGGAGGGGACUUCGUCUGGGGGCAGCGGCGGGGGGGGCUCUGACAGCAGCGAGGGGGAGGACGGGGCCCUGAUUGACACUUCAGAGGAUGAGAGAAACGUCAACCUGGAUGACAGCGACAGCGAAGGGGAGGAACCUGCGGCAGAGCGCGAGGAGGGACAGCAGAGUGCAGUGAAAGAAAAGUUUGAGCUGAGUAAGAAAAUGCGCGAGGCCUGUCUCAUUCUGAAGAACCACCUCAAUGAUGACAUCAACGCGCUUAAAAGCAAAGAAGUGCUCUCGAGCACACACACCGUACAGCAGGAGUGGUUCCGCGUGUCCAGCGCCAAGACGGCCCUUCCCUCCCGUGUGGCCGACUACCUGAUGGCCUUCUCCGAGGUGUCCCCGGCGCUGCUGCGCCACGUGGUCAACAUGACGGACAGCAACGGGAACACGGCGCUGCACUACAGCGUCUCCCACUCCAACUUCACUGUGGUUGGACUGCUGCUGGACACCGGCGUGUGCAAUGUGGAUCACCAGAACAAGGCUGGGUACACCGCGAUCAUGCUGGCUGCCCUGGCUGUUGUGAAGGAGGAGGAGGACAUGCGAGUGGUCAGGAAGCUCUUCAGCCUGGGCAGCGUCAACGCCAAAGCCAGCCAGGUGAGCUCAGGAGGGACUGGUGGGCCCAGGGACGGCAGUAACGCCCUCUCCAUAGCCCUCGAGGCCUCCCAUAAUGACAUUGCUGUGCUUCUCUACGCCCACAUGAACUACUCCAACUCUCAAGCAGCUGGAACCUCGAAAAUAACCACAAGAAGCCACACCAGCUAAAUGAUCCCUGGCUUUUCAGACUUCCCACCAACUGCCCACCCCCUCCCAGCAGCAUAUGCAACUGGACGCCAGCCCUGUGCAACUUUUCUGCACUCUAUUGGAAAAAAGUCUAUAAUCUGUAUGCAACAUGUAUAAGUGCCUUUAGAAACAUGUAUUCGUAUUUAAAAUAUUAGAUACAAGUUAUACUUCCCUUAAAUAUUAGGUUUACCAUUACAGUGGUAAUACUACUAACUUUUAAACCAACCCAGUAUUUGCAGGAACACCACAGAAGAUUGUAUUACACCUGAAGUGAACAACUUGAAAAGAAAAUGUUACUGCUAUGUAAAGUGAUUUAGUGUGUAAGUGCCUUUUUAAAUAAAAAAAAAGCAAGCAGAUAAUGUACAACACCCUGAUACUUUUCAAUAAAAAGAAUUGCUAAGUUCCAAUUUUACAAUGUAAACUGCAGUUCCCAAAAUGUAUACUUCUGCACUGUAUAUUCAUAUUCUUGUUUUAAAAUAAAUAUUUACUUAAUGUUA